AUGGAGCAGGCCGAGUGUGUUGCAACGGCAGCCUGCCUCGAGCUGAAGUGCUCCGCAAAUGGGAGGACCGCAAUCAUGCCCUUCGCGGUGUUUUCUCCAUGCUGCCAGAGGCCCGUGCGAAACAGCUUGUUUUCUUGUGGAGCCCAGGCCUGUGAUGCUCCGAGACAUGGAGGCACUAUGUCCCUGCCCUCUGGGAUCGGCUGUGUUGCGGUACUGUUGGGACCGCGUCUGUGCGCUGCCUCCGCCGUAACCUCUUCCAGACGUGAGCACCGCCACUCCUUGCCGAGCAGCAAGCGGCUGAUGGACGUCCUCCUGCCCACUCCUCGGCAGACCGGCACGCGCCCUGCGGAUCACAAGCAACCCUCUGUGUUGGUGGUGCCGUCACUUCCUCACACUGAAGAGGCAGGACCACCCCGACCUCCUCCGGAACCUCCACCUGGCGUGUCCACGGCACCUCCUCGUAGAACGACGAGCAGCGGAUCAACGUCGCCCUGCCCAAGCUGCUGCAGCGUCUUCUCGUCCGCCCACAGUAUGAAGGCACACGCCCGACGCACUAACUCUGAAACUCCAAUCGUUGCGGAAGGCCUCACAUGUGGAUUCUGCGACAGCACCACGGUCUCCCCAACAAGUGCCUCACGCGCAGUUCAUUACCGAAAAUGUCAAGCGUAUCAACGAGCAAAAAACGGACAACGCACCUCUGCAAGCUCCAAUGACAGCCGUAGCCCUUCAGCCACUCCUCUGCUGCAACCCCACCAGCCGCUGAGCCCCCGACAAUGCACGGGAAGGCCCUGCCGCACACGCUGUGGGAAUGCCGCCGUCCUCGACAACUGA